GAACCCAAAAACAACACCCGCGCCUUACAUUACCCACUCUCACUUCCCUCCUUCUCCACUUCCCUUUUAUCUUUUAUUUUCACAUUCCCCAAAUAAAUAAUCACUUCACAAACCCUAAUCCCAAACCAAAUCUACAACAAUGGCCAAACAAUCCAAAUCCAAAAAACCCGAAUCCUUCGGCAAAGGCAAAGUCACCCCAAUCCAGAUCGCUUUCAUCGUUGAUCGGUACCUCUGCGACAACAAUUUCACCGAAACGAGAAAAUCGUUCCGGAUCGAAGCUUCGUCGUUCAUCGCCAAUUCUCCAAUUAACGAGGUGCCGAAGAGUUUGAUGAGUUUAGGUGAGAUGCUUGAUGAGUAUAUAUGUUUGAAGGAGCAGAAAGUGAUGCUGGAUCAAGAAAGGGUUUAUAUGGAGCAAGAGAAGAACCGGGUUCAGAUGUUUUUGAAUGGGGUGCAGAAUGUUAUGAAUGUUUAUAAUGCUAGUAAGAAUAUUUCGUUGACGAAUGUUGCUAUGCCGAAUGCGAAGUCUGUGGCGGUCCCUCAGCAGAAAAUUGGUGUUCCUAGUGCCUCUGCUGCUGCUGCUACUUCUACUUCAACACAAAACACAUCAAAUAUGCUCUCAGUGCCUCAGUCUAACAACACAAAUGUAGAGAAUGGAAACUACUCAACACCCAUGAUUAGUGUAUCUGACAGAAAGAGAAAAGAUACUAGAACAGUAGAUGCUCCUUCAGUUGCAAAGAGAUCUCGUGGCCGAGCAUCCUCUACCAGUAGGAAAGUUCCUGUUCUAGGUCAAAACACACUGCCACAAUCAAACAAUGCUGUUAAUAAUCAAGUAGUUUAUCAUCCCUCUUCUGCAACUCAAUCAUCUGCUGCAAACUUUGUACCAAGUGGUUCACAAGUUCAAGGCUCUAGUGUUGUGAAAUGCUUAUUUAAUCAGCCUCAGAAGUCUAUCCCUACCAAUUCACAAGUUCCAAAGACUCCUCCAAGAGCAAAUUCCAGUCAUAGCGAUGCAAAUAUAUCCCCACCCGAGGUUACUCAGGUUCCACCUAGCAAUGCAGAGACUACAUCUACUUGUUACACUGUAAUUUCAACCAAAAGAGUUAUGGUUAGCCCUGCAAAACAGAUGGCUUAUAUAGAGAGCAGUCAUUGCAUUUCCCCUGUUAAAACGAAUUCGGACAAGGCAUUUAAGAGGGAACAUGUAAGAAGCAGGUUGAACUUUGAUUCCUCGGAUAUGCCUCAAAGGUUGGAUUCUGACAAAUCAUUGCCUAAUGAGAUUUCUACAACAGAGUCAAACAAUGAAGUUCAAUUAUAUGAUAUUGAUUUCCCUAACUUUGAUGCCCUUAGCAUGGACUUUUCAUUUGCUGAAAUGUUAAAUGAUCUAGAUUUUUCUUGUGAGGGUCUUGAUUUUUCAUGUGAUCCAACACCAAGUCAUUCAAAUGAUAAUCAAGUUAUAUCUGAACAACCAUCAACUUCGGCAGAAGCUCUAUCUGAGAAAAAUAUGAACAUACAAGGCACUGAUUCUCUGACUGCAAUGGCAUCUGUCAUAAGAAAUGUAACGAUUUUAAGCCCAGAGAAAAAGCACCAGAGCUGUUUAGAUCAGGAGAAUUGUUGAUGUGAGAGUUUGGAGAAUGACUUGCUGCAAGAGAUUCCUAUUUUCAUAGCUCCAAAUAAUAUGGCUGCCCUUGAGUUAGGAUGUUAACACCAUUAUUUAUUCCCUAGAUUAUGAGGCUGAUAGGUCAAUGGUCACUUGGGAAAAGCUGAAAUUACUUUGUAUAUAAGUUACUUUCUUGUUCUGGUUCACUUAAUAGAUUAUUUUUUAGUUGGACUUAUUAGGUGCGCUAAUCAUGGUUUAUGACUGAAGUCUAAAUUCUUGGAGCAGUAUUUUUCUAGUUGAAAUGCUGUGAAACAGCUAAACUUUGUACUGAGAAUUCAGAAUUUGCAUUUAUAAUUUGAACAAUUACAUAAAUA